AUGGCUGCCAGCGAGGCUGCCGGCUCAAGGUUUGUUCGAGUCGAUGAGGAAGACAUUAAUCAGAUUAUAGAGGAUACAAUACUUAAAAGUACGAAAAGAGAAACAAGCUGGAGCAUUGCUAUCUUCAGAGGUCAGUAAACCAUGCAAAAACUUAUAUUAUUCGCCAUUUUUCCGUGUAUUAAACAAGUGCUUGAAAAGUCCAAUUUUUUGCUUGUUGUUGAAUUCCUUGUCUUGUUUUUAUAGUAUUUUAAAAUGUACUUAUCAUUCCUUUCCCCUCUACUGAAGAAUGGUCGCACUUGAGACAUCCUUUCGAAGAGCUGGAAAAUUUAAGCAAUGAAAUACUAGCAGAACGACUAACAAGGUUUUAUUAAGAACUAAAACAAGACGACGGAAGAGAAUACAGCCGUUCAGCUAUUGUCGCUAUAAAAGCGGGAAUAAACCGAUAUUUAACUUCAGAAAGAGUAGGAAAAACUUGUCCAACCAUAAGUGAUCCCAUUUUCAAGACAGCAAACAAAUCCUUGAAUGCGAAGCUAAAGAAAAUCAAGGAAUGUGGUUCUCCAAAGUGAAGCAUCACUCGAUUAUCCCGCCUGAGGACAUACAAAAAUGUUACGAGAGUGGUAUUUUUGGAGACUACUCCCCUCUAUCGUUAUUAAGAGUGAAUUGGUUCAACAUAAACCUAUAUUUCUGUCGAAGAGGCAGGGAAAAUCAAAGAAAAUUGUCAAAGAACAGUUUCAUUUUCAAGACAGAUGCAAAUAUUGUUGGGUAUGUUGAAAUGGCCGAGGAAGAAAAAACAAAAAAUCAUCGUGGCGGUCUUAGCGACAAUUUUAACUUUUAA